AUGAUAAACGAAAGGAAACAAAUCUAUGGCAAAAACUUUCCUGAUAUUUAUAGAGAUAUGAUUAUGUAUAGAGAGAUAAAUAAGAAUGAUAAUGAGCCUGACCCAUUGCAUGUUAUUUUAGGAGUUAUUGAGAGCUAUCUUUAUUAUGAUAAUGACAGAAAACAGGUCCUAAUAAAAUGCUUGUCAGAUCUUAUAUCACUAAAUCAGCGGCAACCUGCACCAAUUGAAAAUGCUUAUAAUCAUUUAAUGCAGAUCAUUAACACUCGUGAUAUCAAUUUUCUAGAUAAUUUAUCAUUUUAUAAUGAAGAAUUUUGGGAUUUACUGAAAGUCAUUAAAGAUAACAUUGAAAAUAUCUGUGGAUUUGAGUCUUUUAUGCCUUAUAAUAUUUUAUUUAAAAUCUCUUGCAUGUUUCAAGUUUCUAUUAGAAUUGUCAAAACUGUAGAAACCUCUGAUUUAAAAAUGAUUCAGUAUGGCAAUGUAAGCCCUAUAGUUGAUAUAUUUUUCAAUGAAGCGGAUUUAUGAUAUAUAAUGUAUCCUGAAUUAACAGUUAGGGAACUAUUUUUACCACGUCAUUUGGAUAAAGUUUACCAUUGUGGCUGCCAUAAUUCGCAUGGAAAGAGUUGCCCAGAUAAAGAGCCAUAUACUAUUGAAGAUGAGCCUUGCAGUUUUUAUAUAGUUUUAUUUUCCUAG